AUCCUCUCAUCCAGGAGCGAUGCGGAGACAUUAGGACUGGAGCUAGAGAAGCUUGCGAAAGUGCUAGCGGUCCGCUGAGCAAAGCGAAUUUACCGCUAGACCGGGUGUCAAUAGCACGAUAAGGUACAUUUGAAUGCAGACGGGGAAGAUAAAUUGUUAUAUUAAACUGCUCGGCUAUGUGCUAUCAUCCUCACGAUUUGUUAUUUAUCUGGCGUGACUGGGCAGACUUCAGAGCCCUCGUAUGUUGGAUGGAUUGAAUGACACAAAAGGAGCACGACCAUAUCUACAUCAACGAGACCGCAGUGGAGAAGGUGAAACGCUUCAAGUUCCUCUGCGUACACAUCACUCACAAUCUGAAAUGGUCCACCCACACAGUAUGGUAAAGAAGGCACAAAAGCGCUGAGGUUGAAGAAAUUCAUCUUGGCCCCUAAGACCCUCACAAAUGUUACAGAUGCACAAUUAAGAGCAUCCUGUCAGGCUGUAUCCCCGCCUGGUACAGCAACUGCUCCGCCCACAACCGCAGGGUUCUCCAGAGGGUGGUGCGGUCUGCCCAACGCAUCCCCGGGGCAAACUACCUGCCCUCCAGGACACCUACACCACCCGAUGUCACAGGAAGGCCAAAAAGAUCAUUAACGACAACAACCACCCGAGCCACUGCCUGUUCACCUCGCUAUCAUCCAGAAGGCGAGUGAUACAAGCCGUUAGCCACCUCUCCAGUCCUGCCCGUGUGUCAGUCCCCUAAACCCCUGUCACCUGUUCCUGUCCGUCCCUUAAUAUCCCCCUGACCUGGACCCCAGUAUGAGUUCUUCUCCGCUGGGUUCCCGUGGCAACAUGGACAUUCUGGAGGAACUGCAGCUGAUCGCAGCCCAGAACCUGGAGAUGCUAGAGACCAACAAGUACUAUGAUGUCAUCAGGGAGCUGGGCAAGGGCACCUACGGCAAGGUAGACCUGGUCAUACACAAGAUCAGAGGCACCAAGAUGGCCCUGAAGUUCCUCAGGAAGAAGACGACCAAGCUGAAGUCGUUCCUGAGGGAGUACAGCAUCUCUCUCUACCUCUCCCCCUGUCCCUUCAUCAUUAACAUGUUUGGGAUCGCCUUCGAGACUGACGACUACUACGUGUUUGCCCAGGAGUAUGCCCUUUCCGGGGAUCUCUUCGACAUCAUCCCUCCACAGGUUGGUCUCCCGGAGACAGUUGCUAAGCGCUGUGUGCACCAGGUUGCCAUCGCCCUGGACUAUCUUCACUGUAAGAAGUUGGUGCACCGAGACAUUAAGCCUGAGAACAUCCUCAUCUUCGACCGCGAGUGCCGCAAGGUCAAAUUGUCCGACUUCGGCAUGACACGCCGCGCUGGGUCGCCGGUCAAACGUGUGAGCGGUACCAUCCCGUACACGGCUCCGGAGCUGUGCGACGCGUCUCGCCACGAGGGUUUCUGCGUGGACUACAGCACUGAUGUGUGGGCCUUUGGCGUCCUCCUCUUCUGCAUGCUGACCGGUAACUUCCCCUGGGAGAAGGCCCUGCCCUCCGACUCCUUCUACCAGGAGUUCACACGCUGGCAGAGGCGCCGCACGGGCGCCGUACCCUCGCAGUGGCGCCGCUUCACAGAGCAGGCCCUCCGCAUGUUCCGCAGGCUCCUCUCUGUGGAGCAGGACCGACGCUGCUCUGUUAAAGAGGUGUUUGGCUACUUUAGCCACAGCUGGACGCUGGAUGGAGACAGCAACGGGAAUGGAGGAAGAGGUGGAGAGAGAGAGAGGGAGAGAGGAGGAGGGGUGAGGGUGGAGGGGGAAGGGAGCAGUACGUCGUCCUCGUCUGGGGAGGACGAUGAAGACAUGCUGGUGGAGAGGAUGAAACAGCAGACUCUGUCUCCUCUCUCUCCUUUGUCUCCUGUAUCUGUGGAGAGGGGGACUGGGGGGACGAAGGCAGGGAUGAUGGAAUCAGGUGGAGGACACCAUUUUGUGUCUGUUUCCACCACCAGCUCCGUAUCCUCUACUAACAGCUAUGAACGCAUGCCCAGAGACAGCAUAAGCAACAACAACCAGCCCCCAGGACGCAUGCUGGUGGCUACACCUAUAGAGAUCUGUGUCUGAGAGAUGUAUGUGCGAGACGGGCCUGAGAAGGACUGAAAUACUGCGUACAGUACACACACACGUACAGACACCUACACUCAUAUACACACACAUAUCCAUACAUACAUACAUUCGGAAAGUAUUCAGACCCCUUUACUUUUUCCACAUUUUGUUACGUUACAGCCUAAUUCUAAAAUGGAUUCAAUUGUUUUUCCCCUCAUCAAUCUACGCACAAUACCCCAUAAUGACAUCACAAUACCCCAUAAUGACAUCACAAUACCCCAUAAUGACAUCACAAUACCCCAUAAUGAUAAAGCAAAAAAAUGGUUUUGGAAAUUUUGGGGAAAUGUAUUAAAAAUGAAAAACUGAAAUAUCACAUUUACAUAAUUAGUUAGACCCUUUACUCAGUACUUUGUUCCAGCCUCGAGUCUUCUUGGGUAUGAUGCUACAAACUUGGCACACCUGUAUUUGGAGAGUUUCUCCCAUUCUUCUCUGCAGAUCCUCUCAAGCUCUGUCAGGUUGGAUGGGGAGCAUCGCUGCACAGCUAUUUUCAGGUCUCUCCAGAGAUGUUCGAUCGGGUUCAAGUCCUGCAUUGUCUUAGCUGUGUGCAUAGGGUCGUUGUCCUUUUGGAAGGUGAACCGUCACCCCAGUCUGAGGUCCUGAGCGCUCUGGAGCAGGCUUUCAUCAAGGAUCUUUGUACUUUGCUUCGUUCAUCUUUCCCUUGAUCCUGACCAGUCUCCCAGUCCCUGCCGCUGAAAAACAUUCCCACAGUAUGAUGCUGCCACCAUGAUGCUUCACAGUAGGGAUGGUGUCAGGUUUCCUCCAGACGUGACGCUUGGCAUUUAGGCCAAAGAGUUCAAUCUUGCUUUCAUCAGAUCAGAGAAUCUUGUUUUUCAUGGUCAAAGUCCUUUAGGUGCCUCUUGGCAAACUGGCUGUCAUGUGCCUUUUACUGAGGAGUGGCUUCCGUCUGGCCACUACCAUAAAGGCCUGACUGUGCUGCAGAGAUGGUUGUCCUUCUGGAAGAUUCUCCCAUCUCCACAGAGGAACUCUGGAGCUCUGUCAGAGUGACCAUCGGGUUUUUGGUCACCUCCCUGAUCAAGGCCCUUCUCCCCCGAUUGCUCAGUUUGGCCGACUCUAGGAAGAGUCUUGGUGAUUCCAAACUUCUUCCAUUUAAGAAUGAUGGAUGCCACUGUUCUUGGGAAACUUUCCCAGAUCUGUGCCUCGACACAAUCCUGUUGCGGAGCUCUACGGACAAUUCCAUCGACCUCAUGGCUUUGUUUUUGCUCUGACAUGCACUGUCAUCUGUGGGACCUUAUAUAGACAGGUGUGUGUCAUUCCAAAUCAUGUCCAAUCAAUUGAAUUUACCACAGGUGAACUCUAAUCAGGUUGUAGAAACAUCUCAAGGAUGAUCAAUGGAAACAGGAUGCAUCUGAGCUCAAUUUUGAGUCUCAUAGCAAAGGUCUGAAUACUUAUGUAAACAGGUAAAAACCUGUUUUCACUUUGUCGUUAACGGGUACCGCGUGUAGAUUGGUGAGGGGAAAAAAAUAUUUAAUCCAUUUUAGAAUAAGGCUGUAACGUAACAAAAUGUUGAAAAAGUCAAUGGGUCUGAAUCUUUUCUGAAUGCUCUGCAUACAAAUAUUCACACACUUUCAUACAUACUAUGUAUACUCAUACACAGACACAUACUAUACUAUAACUAUACGUUAUUAUCGUCACACACAAAAAAAUUGAGAACAGGGUCAAAUGCAAGGACAUUUAAUGAAUGAACAUUUUGCCAAAUAAAAAGGGAUGAACUCAAGACAGUCCUGAUGAUUCCGGUUGGGGUCUUUAGGGUAAAACGAUCCAGUCAGAGAUCCAGUGAUAAGUCAUUCUACAGAGAUGGCAAAUCUUUAUAGAGACCUCAAAGACUCAAUGAACAACAUACUGAACGAUCAACCAACCAAGACUGACAGACAAGACACGGAGAGGUUGAAAAAAAACAUUGUGAUCUGAAAUGCUGGUAUUCAGACAGUAUCAUUAGAAAACCAAAAUGUAUUUCUUAAAGCAAUAUAUUUCCCCCAAAAAGACUGAAGUCGAAGGUGAAUUGAGAAAAAAGAGCUUCAGAACUGGCGGAACCAUUUAUGAAAAAGCCAAAAGAUGAAGAGAUGUUCUUUUGAUUAGGGUUUUUAGCUGAUAGAAAUACUUUGUAAAAUGUUCCUCAAUGAAAGAAUAUCAUCAAAAUGAACAGCAGUUUUGAUGUUUACUGUAAUGCAAUGUGAACUCUGGUACAAAGUAUGUAUGUGUGUGUGUACAGUAUGUAUGUAUGUAUGAAUGUAUGUAUCACUGUAUGUUCCAUGUGUAUGGAUUGGAAAUAUGAUUAGGUGGAUUUUUAUUUUGCCUUAAGAUUUACUUUAUUUAUUUAAAUUCUAAAUAACCAGAUUAGCUUUAGGUGUUUUGUGUUUGACUCAUUUUAGUAAAGGUUUUUGGACGCUCUAGUGCCAAAUCUCUACAUGGUCUUCUGCAACACAUUUUGAACAGGAAAAUGAAUACUGUUGAAAAUGACUGUGGUUAAUAGUACUUGUUGCAUGGCGUAUUCUCUCUCCAGUUUAUGAUUUAGAUUUAGUCCGAUGAUGUCCUACACAUUAAUAUUGGAUCAUUCAAAGCCACCAGAUGGAGAAGUGUAAGGCAUUAAGUUGGUAACACUUUAUAUGGAUAGUCCCAAGUAGGUGGUUUGUAGAUGUAGACAAUACAUUUCAACUAACUAUCCAUCAGGGUUGGGGUCAAUUCCAUUUCAAUUCCAAUCAAUUCAGGAAGUACACUGAAAUUCCAAUUCCAAUUAUCUUCACUGCUUUUCAUUUGGAAUUGUAAUUUGGUUUACUUUCUGAAUUGCCUGGAAUUCAAAUAGAUUGACCCCAACCUUGCUAUCCACUAACCGUAGCCUUAACCUUAACCCUUAUCCUAAACCUAACCCUAAGCGCAAACUUAGCAAGCAGUUGAUUAUCAACAUAGAGUUUGUUGAUAGUAUGACCAUCUGUAGAUAAUCUAUAUGGGACUAUCCAAAUAGUGUGACCAUUUAGAUUAAUGUAUUUUACAGAUAACUUUAUUCUGGCGCAGCAAGCCAAGAUGACAGAUAGCUCUAAAUGAUUUCCAACACUUUAUCCCUGCACCUUAACACACACAUAUCUACUUCAUUUUUACACAUUUUAAGCAAUUUAUUUUAUUCUUUUUUUAUGUCUUAAUGCUGAUGAAUAGAGUAUUGUUUGGAUUUUGAUCAUUAUUUAGCAUUUUAAAUUCAAGCUGAAAAUAUAGUGAAGUACACAAUCACAUCUUAAAACAAUUGCAUGAUGAGUAACUAAAACAUAUCUUUAUGAAUCAUUUUAACUGGCUUUACAAAAAAGUUAUGUCAAGAUUGUUGUAAUGUGGAAUUUAGCUGUAGCACAAUUUCUUGCAUUAUGUCCUGAAGCAAAUAUUGGUCUUAUGACCUCUUGAGACAUCUUAGGGCUCAAUACCAGACAAAACAAUAAUAGUUCAUUUUUAUUCAAUGUGUUGUGUUUGUAUGCUGUUGAUGCUGUGUUUCCAUCUCACCACUAAGAACUAGGAUCUAGAGCUAAGUUACUGAGCCUGGGAAUCCUAGAUUUUCUAGAAUAGUUUAGAUACUGUAGUUCUCAAAAUAAUGCAUUUUUGAUGAAGUGUGUAGCUUCUAAAUGGCCAAGUCUUGAGAAGUUGCAAGGGACAUUGGAGAGGAUUUCUCACUUCCUUGCCAAGCAAAACAUCACAAGAGUGAUCAAUUAGUCAUUUUAAAGUCAGAAAUAAGAUAAAAAAUGAAAUGUGUGUUGUGAUUUCCAGACAUAUUUGCAUAAAUCUGUAUGUGCUGGAAAACAAUUGUAUAAAAAAAAAAUGUUUUGCUGUCACAAGCUGUAGUAUUCUGUUCUUCAUAAUUGGGUGUAUGAAUGUGUAACAGUCAGUAAAGUUAUUUUCCCUCUGAGGUUUGACAUCUUCCAACAAUGAACUGUUCAAUAAGGGUUGUAGCUAGUUGAAGUAUUGUUCAAUCACGCUCCGGAUAGAAGUUGGCUUCAGGCAGAGAUUUAGGAUCAGCUUACCUCCCCAAAUCCUCACCUUAUCCAUAAGGGUGAAAAACUCCACUGACCUUUCAUCAGUGUCUUGGGUAGUGAGAUUACUACACCUUGUGACAACCUAUGACCUUAUUGUGUUCUGACAAAACAACUUCCAGUCCCGAUGCACAGGGCUGGGGACUCGCUAGGUGUGCAGGCUUUUAUUCUAUCCCAACACACCUGAUUCAACUAAUCAUUAAGGCUAAAUCCUGGGUUGCAGACCAUAGUUGUAGCCAGUAGAUGAGUUGGACAAAUAGGUUUCUGCAAAGCUAUCAUGAUGUAAUGUGUUGCAACUUGUGUAUUGGAGUUCCUGUCUGUCUGUACAGUGACAUAUUGAUGCGGCAUCAUGAUUUGUGGUGUUUUAGUGAGUAGGGCAACACAGCGCAAGAACUCGUGUCUGAGUAUGUCUUUGCAAUACAACCGUCUUCCCUGUAAGCUCUGAUUUAGUCGACAAUAAAAUGAAAACUGUGGUUGGAA